CUAUCCUCAACCCAGCAUGUACGCUCCAGGCACAGACUACGUUGGUGCUAGCCGGAAGCGCCAGGUGCGAGCUGUUCAGGCCUGCAACAAUUGCCGAAAUCGCAAGCAGAAGUGCGACGAAGCAAGACCUUGUCAGUUCUGCCGUGAAUCCGGGCUCAAGUGCGAGUACAAGGAAGUACCGCCACCAAAGUAAGUUAGAAGCCUGCGCCGUUGCCGAGAGCGCACUACUCACCCACACACCAUUGACAGGCAAGAUCGCACUUUGCACGACAUUUCGACGAAGCUUGCCAUGCUCGUGGAUCAGUUCUCGCCCAUUCCAAGUCGACUUGACAGAAUAGAGCGGCAACUUCGAGGUCAGCAGAGUGGAGAUGUCCGAGAAAACACCUCGUCGGAACCGCCACCGCACACAGCAGCCAGGACAUUAGCCGGGCCGAAAUUCUCAGCGCCGCCUCC